AAAAAAAUAAAUAAAUAAAAACAAUGAGCAACAACAACAACAACGAGAUCGAUCGGGACGAGUUGGAGUCGCUGCUGCGUCCGCGCUACGGGCCCAAGUGUCGGGUCCUCGAGGCCGAGACCUCGGACUUUCUGCCGCCCGGCGAGAAUUUCGCCUGCACCCUGUACAAGGUCGAGGCUCGGGCCAGACGCUCCGAGCACGACGACGACGACGACAACGAGGACGUGCAGCGCCUCAGUCUCGUGGCCAAGACCUUCCCCAGCAGCGAGGCCGUGCUCAAGAUCUUCGACUUCAAUUGCCUGUUCGAGAAGGAGAUCUUCUUCUACGACAGAUUGGCGCCGGCGCUGAGGCGGAUCGAGCUGCGUUAUCGCGCGGACGCCACGGAGGACGACGCCUUCGACAUCGUGCCCAAGCUCUACGGCUUCAGGAAGUCGAGGAAGGCCAGCGAGGCAGACGACGACGACAAGGUCGACGACGGGGUGGUGCUGCUCAUGGAGAAUCUCAAGGCCAAGGGAUACUACACGAUGAACAAAGUCAAAGGUCUCGACUUGGCUCACUCGCGCCAGGCCAUACUCCAUCUGGCACGCAUGCACGCCCUCUGCGUCGCCCUCAAGCACCACGAGCCGGACUUCUUCGCCGCGGAGGUGGUCAAGCACGCCCGAGUCGCGCCCUUCCACGAGCCCGAGGAUCGCGAGGAUCUGUACGAGGUGAUGCGUCGCCUGCUGAUGCUGGACGAGCGCAACGCCCCGUACGCCGACCAGAUCGCCAAGCUCCUCGGCGCCGAGUACAAGGCGGGCUUCUUCCUGUAUCGGGCCCCCGAGCCCUGGUGCUCGAUCAUGCACUUCGACUUCUGGACCAACAACGUGCUGUACCAUCGGGACGAGGCGACGGGCCUGAUCGACGACUGCAAGUUCAUCGACUUUCAGAAUUACGUGUACAACAGUCCGCUGCGCGAUCUGCCCUACUUCCUGUGCUCGAGCACGGAAGCUAAGGUGAUGCGCGAUCAUCUGGACGAGCUGCUCGACCUCUACUACGAGACGUUCUGCCGAGUGCUCGCGAGCGUCCAGUAUCCGAGGCCCGAGGCCGUGUUCACGAGGCGCAGCUUCGACGAGCAGCUCAAGAUCGACGCCAAGCUCGAGUUCUUUCACAACGUGCUGGCGAUCAAGUUCUUCUGCGCGGAGAUCGACGCGAGCUUCGAGCCGGGCCAGAUCGACGCGGUGAUCAUCGACAGCGGCGUCAACAAGACCGGUUACGACAAGUGGCACAAUAUCGUCCAGACGUAUCUGAGAAAAGACUGGUUGUAAUUUCGAACGAGCUGCGAGGAAAGAAAGAAAGAAAGAAAAAAAAAGAACUUACGUGAGUAAUUGCGCGCGCGGUGGUACUUAUGUACUUACGUUUUAUACGGAUGACGACGACGUUUCUCGAUCAUAUGGUACAAAUAUUUUAUAACUGUAUUUUAGUAGUACUGCAGAAAUUUUAACUAUAUUUUUUAAUUAUAAUUUAUAAACUAUAUUUUUAGUAGUGCUGCAGAAUUUUUAAGAAUGAUGAAUUGUAUUGCGUUUCUUUUUUUUUAUCCUGCUUUGUACAAUUAUCGAAACGCACACGCUGAUUUUUGUAUCGAAUGUUAACAUUUUUUAUUGGAUUAAUAAAUUUUACCUCUUUUUUUUUCUA